CUUCGAUUUCAAUUUCGAAUCAUUCAGUACGGGUAAUCGAUUCUCGAUCUAUUCCAGGUCUACUAAUGCACGCCAUCGGGAAAUCUUGACAUUUUUGACUUGCCCUAAUGUAUGACUUUAUUUUUUUGCAAAUUCCUUCCUCAGUCACCCAACUUUGAUUAACACAGAAACUAAAUUUCCAAUAUCUAAUUGGAGAGGAAUACCCAUUGAUGGGGAAUAACCCCACGCCAGCACUAGGGCUGACAUCGGGCUUGGACGUUCCUGCUCGGCCCAGAGCUCCGCUCGUCUUCCUGCCCGGCCCAGAGCUCCACUCGUCCUGCUGCCCAGCUCUGCGCUCCGCUCGUCCCUCCUGCUCGGCUCAGAGCUCCACUCGUCCUGCUGCCCGGCUCUGCGCUCCGCUCGUCCCUCCUGCUCGGCUCGGCCAGCCAAGCCGAGCCCGAACCCCGCGACAACGACGUGCGGAAAGCGACGUUCAACAAAGACUUGGUGAAAGCGAUAGGAUGAAAGCGACAAGACCUAAGGACAGGUGACGUCCGCUAAACGACGAGCCUCGAUCAGAGGGCUUUGACUUAGUGAAUUGUACCGCCUAUAAAAAGGGUGGCACCCC